UUUUUUUUUCUAUAUCCAAUAUGGAUGCUGGGACUCUUGUGAAUUUCAUUUCCAGCCUAGUUUGUUGCAUGUACGACUCCAUUGCCAAGGAGAUAAGCCCUGCAUUGAAUGUCGACGAGCAGAUCAAGACUCUCGCAGGUGAACUGGAUGAGCUGAAAGCGAUGAGGGAUGAUGUGAAGAGACAAGUUGAGAAAGCUGAGGUGGAGGGAGCAACCAUCACGAGCCAAGUAAAAGGGUGGCUGCAAAGAGAAGAAUCUGCAGAAGAUAAAGCAAGUUUGAUGUUAACCGAAGAUUCCGAACGACGACAACGCACUGGAUGCUCCACAUUAAACUGUCCUUCGGUGUACAAAAAGAGCAAGAGAGUUCAUAAGAUGCUUGAGGAAAUAAGAGGACUGAAAAACAAAGGCUUAGAUCAUGUGAACAUUGUGGUGAAUAACGGGUUGACUUCUAAAUCUGUUGAGGAGAUCCCUAGCAGGCCGGCAGUUGGGCUUGAUGUAAUGUUGGAACAAGUUUACAAGCAUCUUGAAGAAGAUGGUAUUGGAAUAAUUGGAAUUUAUGGGAUGGGUGGUGUUGGAAAGACCACACUUUUGAAGAUUAUAAACAAUGGAUUUCUGACCAAAACACAUCAUUUUGAUGUGGUGAUAUGGGUGACUGUUUCCAGGGACUUUGCAGCUGACAAAAUCCAGCAGGCAAUUGAGGAAAGGCUGGGGUUGACUUCAGAAGUCAAUGAAGCAACACAAAGAAGAGCUUCUAAGAUACAAAGGGUAUUGAAAGGGAAGAAGUUUUUGCUAUUACUGGAUGAUGUUUGGGAAGAAGUCAAAUUUGAGGAGGUUGGAAUUCCCUUUCCAGACAAGCAAAACAAGUCCAAAUUGAUAUUCAGCACAAGGUCCGAGGAUGUCUGCACCGACAUGGCUGCGGAUAGGAAGUUAAAAGUGGAGUUCUUGGGAGAAGAAUAUUCCUGGCGUCUUUUUUGCAGCAAUGUUAGAGCAAGAGAACUUAAAGAAUGGAAGUCCAUUGAGCCUCAUGCUCGGAAAAUUGUCAAGAGAUGUGGCGGCUUACCGCUUGCUUUGAUCACCAUUGGAAGGGCCAUGGCUAACAAAAAGUCAGAACCAGAAUGGAGGAAUGCAAAAGAAGUUCUCAGCAAAUCUCCCUCGGAAAUUCGAGGUAUGGAAGAUGAUGUGUUUUCUCUCUUAUAUUUCAGCUUUGAUAGAUUAAAGGAUGACACAAGGAAAACCUGCUUUUUGUACUGUUCUCUAUUUCCUGAGGACUUCUCAAUAGAAAAAGAGCAGCUUGUGGAGUAUUGGAUAGGGGAAGGAUUCCUAGACAGCUCUGAUGGAAGAGAUGUCCAUAAUGAAGGAUAUGCUGUCAUUGGAGAUCUGGAAGUUGCCUGCUUAUUGGAAAGAGGUGAAGAGAAAACCCAAGUGAAAAUGCAUGAUGUUGUUCGAAGUUUUGCUCUUUGGAUCGCAUCUAAAUACGAGUCUGGGAAGAAGUUUCUAGUGCAGGCGAGUUCGGGGCUUGUUGAAGCACCUAGAGUUGAAGAAUGGCAUGAGUACCAAAGAAUUUCUUUGUUGGAUAAUGGAAUCACAAUGUUGUCACACAAACCUAAAUGCCCCAAUCUAUCAACCUUGUUACUCCAAUGGAACAAUGGCUUGAACAAAAUAUCAAGUGGGUUUUUCCAGUUUAUGUCUUCCCUGAAAGUCCUGGAUUUGUCACUCACCAGUCUCAGAGAAAUCCCCGAAAGUAUCGGCUGUCUAGUUGAGCUCCAACAUCUUGAUCUGUCUGGUACCAAGCUGUCCACAUUACCAAAGGAGCUAGGAAAUCUGGGAAAUCUGAAGCACUUGGAUCUGCAACGCACUUAUUCACUGCAAGACAUUCCACACAAGGCUAUAUCAGGACUCCGACAACUGCGAUCCUUGAACUUAUACUACAGUUACAGCCAAUGGGAAGAACAUAAUUGCAGCUCCGACGAAUGCGAUCAAGUGAUUGGAUUUAAUGACUUGGAAUGCUUGACACAACUCAACAGUCUAGGCAUCAGUGUGACAGGAUCAGCUACAUUGAAAAAACUUUCCGGUUUAAACAGUUUACUACAACGAAUUCGGUUUCUGUACAUUAAAGGAUGUGAGGGCUUAUUUCACUUAACUAUCCCAUCACCCACUUCCAGGGUACUGAGAAGGCUUAGCAUCUAUAAUUGUUGUGAUUUGGAGUACCUUGAAAUUGAUGUUGGGAUAUCUGAAAAGAACAUGCCAAGUAGCUUGGAGGUACUAGCUUUGCAUGAACUUCCCAACUUAACCACAGUUUGGAGGAAUCCUGUGACCCGGGACAGUCUCCGAAAUCUUCGUUAUGUCAACAUAUGGUAUUGCCACAACCUGAAGAAUGUUUCAUGGGUGCUGAAUCUUCCAAGACUAGAGGUGAUUUAUCUGUUUUAUUGCAAGGAAAUUGAAGAAGUGGUAAGUGGGAAUGAAAGAGUGGAAGAGGGAUUUCCAAGCCUUAGAACAUUAUCAAUCAGAGAUCUCCCAAAACUAAGGAGUAUUAGUCAAUGGGCAUUGUCUUUUCCUUGCUUGGAGAGAUUGGCUGUGAUUGAUUGUCCAAGGCUGAAAAAGCUACCAAUCAAAGCACACAAUAAUGCCUCCAAUUUGCCAACAAUCUAUGGUUCCAAGGAGUGGUGGGAUGGAUUGGAGUGGGAUGAAUCCACCAUUGAGUCUGCUUUACUUCCUCACUUCAUUGCAACUGCUUAGUGAGGAAAUUACUAGUGUGCGUGUGUGUGUGUAUAUAUAUAUAUAUAUAUAUCAAAUAUGAAUAUAAUUGUUUUUGUUUAAUUUUUUUUUUUCAGGUUUUUUAUUAGUCUGAAAUUAUAUUCUACUUCAUGUCAUCUCUGGAAUAAAUUUUGGACUGUCACUGUAAGCAUUCUAUAUAUUCAACACUGCAAGAU